CGAGACAGGCAGCACGACAGAGGGAGCACGAGAGGGGAGUCACUCAAACGCCGGUAGGGAUUGUAAACGCAGCUGCACCUUAGAGGCAUUAGCUGCAGACUUAAACAUUUAUCCCCCCGCUCGCCGGGUGGUUUUCACUGUGAUUCGGUACACGGCUGGAGGAAAUGUCUAACGGCAGCUGGAAGCCCUUUGUGUUCGGUGGGCUGGCUUCUGUGACGGCGGAAUGCGGGACCUUCCCAAUCGACCUAGCGAAGACACGUCUUCAAGUUCAAGGCCAAGUAGGCAGCAAAUACCGAGAGAUCCGGUACAGAGGCAUGCUCCAUGCGAUAGUGAGGAUAGGAAGAGAGGAGGGGCCCCGGGCUCUGUAUUCAGGAUUAGCUCCUGCUAUGCUGCGCCAGGCGUCCUAUGGGACUAUAAAAAUUGGCACAUACCAGAGCUUAAAGCGACUGCUGGUUGACAGACCGGAGGAUGAGACACUGCUGACUAAUGUGGUGUGUGGUGUUCUCGCUGGAGUCGUCUCCUCCUCCAUCGCCAACCCCACUGAUGUGCUAAAGAUCCGCAUGCAGGCGCAGGGAAGCCUGAUCCAGGGCAGUAUGAUGGGUAACUUCAUCAACAUCUACCAGCAAGAGGGAACAAGAGGACUGUGGAAGGGCGUCUCUCUAACGGCUCAACGAGCCGCCAUCGUGGUGGGAGUGGAGCUCCCGGUCUAUGACAUCACCAAGAAGCAUCUGAUCCUGUCGGGUCACAUGGGGGACAACGUGUACACGCACUUUGUCUCCAGCUUUGCGUGCGGCUUGGCGGGAGCUUUGGCCUCCAACCCAGUGGACGUAGUGCGGACACGCAUGAUGAACCAGAGAGGAGGAUUUCUGUACCAGGGGACACUGGACUGUAUACUGCAGACGUGGCGCUCCGAGGGCUUCAUGGCCCUGUACAAGGGCUUCUUUCCCAACUGGCUCCGCCUGGGACCGUGGAACAUCAUUUUCUUCCUCACUUAUGAACAGCUGAAGAAGAUCAACGUGUGAGCGGCGGAACAAGGGCGGUCAAUAAGAGACGAGAAUGUGCUCACGCUCAGACAUGAGCUGAGAGGACCAAAAUCGGGAGAAGGCUUGGAUUGUGAUGGAUCCUUUAUGGACCCGCUGAUUGGGGGGGGGUGAUGUAGACCCCAUGUGAGAGAAGCGGUUUGAGAUUUUUGCCUGAUUCCUGUUUGGGCGACAUGUCUCCUGAAGCCUGCGGCAAGCGUGGAAGACACUCAAUAUCGUGUUUUAGCUUAUCCACAUGCUUCAUUAAGCUUAACCGCGCAUUUAAAUUUGAAAAAGCCACUUAAAUCUUGUCUACGAAGCAAGAAACAGCUUUAAAAUGUCUUGACUAUCACAAGGGUUUUUCUAAACUUUGAAAGUGGUCUUCAAAUUGAGUGCCUUAGUUUGCGAUACAAGCCGUCUCGGGCGCAUUAAGACCAAGAAUGUCGGAUAGAGAUGACUAUCGCAGCGAUCGAUCAUUCCCUUGUUUUCUUAAAAGACAAAUGUUUGUGUGCAGGAGUCAACAAUCUUGACUACAAUGCUUUUCAGUGUGUGGACAGGUGGAAUUAUUUAUUACUCCAACACUCCCUGGAGUAUUUUUUUUACAGAGUUUAGAGCCAAGAAUAUACACCAGGAUGUACUGUUAUAAAUAACAGUCGUAUAAACAACCAGUGACACACACACACACACACACACACACACACACACACACACACACACACACACACACACACACACACACACACACACACACACACACACACACACACACACACACACACACACACACACACACAAACAUCAUAUCACAUGCCCAUAUGUGGCAAGACAAGUGGUCCCCUGAUGGCAGCGAGUGCAGACAGUAAAUAUAACUGGUCAAGCCAACACCGCAUUAGGUUUAGACCACUGAUACAGAUAAGGGUUACCAAAAUGUGUGUGUUUAUUACUUGAAGGCACUGAAACUAAUGCAGUUUUAUCUCCAGGAGUAUUUUCAAAUACUGUAUUUGGACGCUUAUGUGAGCUUUUAAUCUUGAAGAAUGAAUAUGUUGCCUGCUUUCGUGUGUUUGUGUGAGCUGCCAUCGCUGCCAAAGUUUACUCUUGAUGCUGGGUGUUGAAGCUUCCUGCAUAUUUUAAAUAAAAGAGAAAAAACA